AUGGACAGCAAUGUGAAACAAAAGUUAAAGGUGCUACACAAUAUUUUAGCGGGUAAGUAAUACUGUGAAACCCUAUCAUUCCACUAUUAGCGCCAGAUAUAGUAUAUAUAUUUUCAGACAUUACAAUGCAAAAAUGCAAAAAAAUUGAAUGUGUAGCACCUUUAAGAAUGUUAGUUAACUUUCUUUCAGUUUUCCAGUCUAAAGUUCUUCGGAGGCUGUACCAUAACUCCCAAGCCUGCGAAAGAAUCCAGCUCUCCACCCCCUGAGACCUCUAUGAAACAAAACGUAGGCCUAGAGGAGGAGGGCACGAUCACUGGUAAGUAGAGUUUCAUAUGACAUUAUACAAGUUAUUCUCAAUUGAAAUAAAUAUUGUUUCCGGAGCUGAGCGAAGUGAGACAUCACCCGCUUUUUAUUACUCCCAACUAAGUUGGUGUCACACUCAGGAAAUGAUAUAGCUACAAACACCUCCAAACCAACUGCCAGAACUUACAGUAUAGCUAAUGUUCUUUCUUCCUCAUUUGCUCUGUGUCUCAGGAGGUAGAGGGAUAACACUGUCCUCAGCCCAGCCAGGCAGACGAGUGUACACAGUCCUAGCUCCCCCUGCAGAUUACAAGACGGGUGCAGAGGGAUCUGUCAUGCUCUCAGCCAGCAGGCAUAAAUACUGUGGAGGACCCAGUUGGUAAGAGGGCUAUAAUCUUACAUUUAUGGACUGUCUGUGGGGACAGAGAUGCGCUGUAAAGCAGGGGAUUUACUAUCGGGGCCUCUCCCUGGUUCGGCUCAGUGCUUAGUGUUACUAUCACUCUCCUUGAUUGUCUUUUCCAGUUCAGUUGUGGGGAAAAAGAAUGGGUGCGUGUGCAGUCCUCUUUUUUUUUCCUGUAGUCCACAAUCAUCUCCUUUGUCUUGAUCACGUUGAGGGAGAGGUUGUUAUCCUGGCACCACACGGCCAGGUCUCUGACCUCCUCCCUAUAGGCUGUCUCAUCGUUGUCUGUGAUCAGGAAGUCCAGGAUCCAGUUGCAGAGGGAGGUGUUUAGUCCCAGGGUCCUUAGCUUAGUGAUGAGCUUUGAGGGCACUAUGGUGUUGAACGCUGAGCUGUAGUCAAUGAAUAGCAUUCUCACGUAGGUGUUCCUCUUGUCCAGGUGGGAAAGGGCAGUGUGGCGUGCAAUAGAGAUUGCAUCAUCUGUGGAUCUGUUGGGGCAGUAUGCAAAUUGGAGUGGGUUUAGGGUUUCUGGGAUAAUGGUGUUGAUGUGAGCCAUGACCAGCCUUUCAAAGCACUUCAUGGCUACAGACGUGUGAGUGCUACGGGUCGGUAGUCAUUUAGGCAGGUUAUCUUAGUGUUCUUUGACACAGGGACUAUGGUGGUCUGCUUGAAACAUGUUGGUAUUACAGACUCAGUCAUGGACAUGUUGAAAAUGUCAGUGAAGACACUUGCCAGUUGGUCAGCGCAUGCUCGGAGUACACGUCCUGGUAAUCCGUCUGGCCCUGCGGCCUUGUGAAUGUUGACCUGCUUAAAAGUCUUACUCACAUCGGCUACGGAAAGCGUGAUCACAUAGUCAUCCGGAACAGCUGAUGCUCUCAUCCAUGCUGGAUGAACAACCUGCUCUAAGCCGUCCUACACUACAUUUACCCCAGUCCAUCUCACUCACACACCGUCUGCCUGCUGGAGAGGUAGAGGGUUUAGGCUACCUGACUGAAACUGAUGAGAUUAGUAGUUGCCACUAGAGAAUAGCCUAAGGCAACACCUUAAUCUGUACACUGAAUGGGUUGUACUAGUAUUUCCACUUUACUAGCACCCUGCAGCAAUUGUGUUAAUGAAUUGGAAGACAUAAUGUUUUUCUAGCAACUCAAGAAUUAAUGACAUCGAGGCAUACUCAAUUCAGCUAUAUUUGCCCGUUACAAUGGUUUAGGCCGAGUCAGCAAUUUAGGCCUAUUAAUACUUUCUCUUAAAGCUGCAAUAUGUAACUUUUUGGGUGACCUGACCAAAUUCACAUAGAAGUGUGAGUUAUAGAUCUGUCAUUCUCAUUGAAAGCAAGUCUAAGACGCGGUAGAUCGGUUCUAUGUGCGCUAUUUCUAUGCUUCCCGUUCUUAAGUUUUUUGUUUUUGCGUCUUUCGGUUUUGUACACCAUCUUCACACAGCUGAAAAUACAAUAUUUUUGUUUAUUGAAAAUAUAUUUCACAGCGGUUUAGAUGGUACAAUUAUUCUCUACAUUGCUUGUUUUGUCACAUAAACUAUUAGAAUUUUAGUAACCAGGAAAUGGCUGAGCGAUUUCUACGUAUUGCACCUUUAAUGCUUGGCCAUUAGAUUUUUCUGACAAGCAACACUAUUUUAGAAGUAGUAGAGGUUAGCAAUUACAGGAUAGGCCUAAUCUUGUAGCAGUACACAUGGAGUAGUAGAGUGGUUUGGAGUGGAUGUUUGUGUCUGUGGCUCUGUGCUACGCUUGCAGGUACAGUAGGCCUACCGCUUUAAAUAUGUGUUGUUACCAUGGAGAAAGUAAAGAGCACAAUGACAACCUCAUAGUCAUGAAAAUACAUUACCAUUUUUGUUACUUCAAAGUCCCUUAACAUUUACCGUGGCAGAUGUGUCUAUUUUGAAUAAUAGCUUAAAUAUUUCCAUGUAGAGCAGUUAAGCCUAUACACAUGAUGCAGUUCUCUAUUUUUAAUUCAAAUCUUAACAAGGAAUGAAGUCAUCAUAAGUAUUGCAUAUUUGCAAAGGCCCACUUAUGGGAAAAUCUCAAUGCACAGUGCAGACCAAAAACAAGUAAAGAGGCAUGGAGAGAAGCUCAGCAAUACUCAAGUGACGGAAUAAUGAAUUUUAAUCUGACACUGUAAGAGCAAUGUUUACAGCUGUUAGGCUAGUUAAUAACAACUCUACUGCAUUGUAUUUGGGCUCCCCAGCCCACUGGAGCUAGUAUGUGAGUAGUUUUGGGCCUGUGUGUGUGUGUGCAUGUCACAAGGAAUUUGUUUCAAAAAGCCUAAUUCCUUCAACCUCCCGCAAGGCCUUGGAGUUCUUAGAAAGUAAAAGUGUGACGUGAGGGACCAACUCAGCCAAGAAUGAUAGUGGUUUAGAUUUACUCAUUAGAGAGACCUUGGAUGACCAUACUAUUCAUCCCUCCUGUCAACAUUACAAUGUUGUUUCUAGAUCACUAAUAGACUUUGCCUACCUGACCACUAGAGGGAACAGUGUGACUCACAUUCCUUAGAUGACUGCAGUUCACCUGUUGCCUGUUUAAACAGACCAUUUUCUCAUGACUAAUACUAUGCGUGCGUGUGAAUGUACCACACGUCCGUCCUCAUUCUACAGGACAGCCUGUCUUUGAGCCACUAUUGAUUGACUGGACCAUGCUGAACCACAUUUGCUGCAUUAAGCAUCUAUUAUGGAGCCCAUGUCCGCUUAGCCCCAUAUCUGCCGCAGAAUUCACAUGUUGCCUCCAAAAGCAAAUCGCUUCCUACAUGCUUAUUAUGAUUAGUUUUAUGGAAAUGCUGUGAAUAAUAAUUUACCAGCUUUUUAUUUGUGCUGUUUUCCUUUCACAGCUGAAAAUGGAUAAAUAAGUCAACUUAAGAUAAUUAAAAUGCAACUUUCUCUAUCUCUGCACAGCUGCCCAUAUGGUAGCUGCUUCCCCUUCAGACUAAUAAGCUAUCGACGCUCUGCUGAAAGCCUAGAGAAAGAGUGUGGUGUGUGUGUGCCGCCAACCUAACAGUGUGUGCAUGCAUGCUCUGCGGUAGGGGUGCUGGAGUCUAUAGACUGUGGUUGAGUUGCUGAAUUCGAGACAGCCUCUCUACCUACACAGCCUCUCUACCUACCAGUUACCCUGGGGAAAACCUCCACUCUCUGCUGUGUGUAGGCAGGCCCCACCUUUACCACAGUGGAUAGGGAUCAGGCGAUUCAGUCAGCUUUGACCACUGUGCUCUGUGAUCCUGGACAGUGGACAUUCACCCAUCCUGGAGCGUCGAUCCAGCCCCUCAGCUACAGAGAGGUCUGUAGGCAGGGUCAUCCAAGGGGUGCUGCUUGGCUGAAUUAGCUUGAUCUGCUACCAAAUAAACAAAGUCUUGUGUCAAAGGCCGGGUAGACAUGGUGUUGAAGGUGGCGGAUUCCAAGUGCUAUGAAAUUGAUACUUUUGAUGAAUAUGGAUCACAGAGACUUACCAUAGCACAGUACUACAGCCAAAUGGGAUGCAUGCCUUAAAGGCCCAGGGCAGUCAAAAUGUUUUUCCUGUGUUUUGUAUCAUAUUGUACAACAGCUGAUGAAACUAACAUGGUAACAGUGUGAAAUCAAUGUUAUUUCUUGAUAGUUGCUGGUUGAAAAUGCAAUCUACACAGGACCUUCUAAUCAGCAGGUUUGCAUGGGCAUGAGUUUCUGCUUGCCUGGGGAAUUAGUUAAUAGACCAAUAACAAAGAGAGUUCCAAACUUCUAGUUUUCAGUUUUCCCCUCCCCACUCAGACCACUCCCAGACAGUCCUAGCUAAAUUCUGCUUGAGAAAUCGUUUUUUUGCUAAUGUGACGAGGUGUGAAUGAAGGAGUCAGGCGCAGGAGGUAAAACACCGAAGUCCAGAGUUUAUUCCGUUUACAUAAAUAAAACACACCCAGCGUCAAAACGAAACUGUCACAAGGGAAAUAUUCCACCUUGGCAAUAACAAAUGGAAGACUAGCUCAACCGAGCUACUCGCUCUCAUAAUGAAACAAUCACUCACAAAGACAAGGGGAACAGAGGGAACACUUAAAUAUAUUCUAAUUAGGGAAAUGAGCACCAGGUGUGUGUGAUUGACAAGACAAGACAUGACAAGUGGAGUGAUGAGAAUGGGAUCGGCAGUAGCUAGGAAGCCGGUGACGACGAACGCUGAAACCUGCCCGAACAAGGAGGGGAGGCAGCCUCGGCAGAAGUCGUGACGGCUAAAAAGUUAUUUUUGUCCAUUUUAAUGGAAAAACUAUUACAGUAAGAUACGUAAUUGUUACCUAGAAUGGAUUUGAUAUUGAUAUAAAACGGCUGCAUUGGAAUCCGCAAUAUGGGGAAACAGCGCCAUGGCCGUUGUUAUUGUUUUUGUUGGCGAAGCAGAGUUGGGGAGUGUCGUGCAUGGUAGUUCAACAAAUUGCGCUACAUAUGCAGCUGCAUGCGAUGAUGUCAGAGGGGAAAAACGGUGUUUGUUGUUUGCAGUAACUUCUUUGUUGUUCUAAUAUCGCAAAAGGACGUGGCAGUUUUACAAUUGAGGAUUCCAGCUUUAAGGGAUUAGACACUAGUUUGUGAAAGUCAUGAAAGUUAACAAGCUCUCACUUUUCCUUGUUCCCUUCAGAUGAGAACACUCAUGAGUCCAACAAAGAUGGAGAGGGAGAAGAAGAGGUAGAAGACAACGACGGAGGAAGUAAUAAUAAUAAUAAUAAUAAUAAUAAUAAUAAUAAUAAUAGGAACUACAGCUCCAGGAGGUGAGACAGUGGUGGACGGAGCGGCCCAGGGUACAGACUCUAAUCCUGGGGAUACAACCAUGCCUCUGACCCCCAUGGAGGAAGGAGUGUGGCUCAGCAAGAAGAGGAGGAAGCUGAAGAGGAAACAUCACAAACAGAAGCUCUUGUCUCUGGGUCUGGUGCCCCAUGCUGCAGCUCUGGAGUUCACCUACGAGAGAGGGGGGGGGGAGAAGAAGAAGAAGAAGAAGAAUAGGAGGAGGAAGAGAUGAGGCAGAGAAGAGCAGCUGAAGUGAUAGACUUCCUCAGGACCACACAAGAGAUCUGAUCGUGAGUGUGUCAUACCAGGCCUGGCUGCUAAUCAACCCAGAUAAUCAAUCAACCCAGAUACAGUCACAUAUAGCCUAGGCUGUGUUUCAGUCUUCCUAAGAGCUGGCCAAAAGUGUUGAAGCAUAGUUAAUUUUAUAGCUUUCGGAUUGGCAGAAAAUUAAUAAUUUGAACAGCACUGUGCAGAGCAUGACUCAAAUUGAAAGUGAAAGUACAGCUCAUUAAUCACUAGCCUAUAACAAAAACUUGAGGACCUUGAGAGAUUUAGGAAUAGAGGUGCAGAGGUGCAUUGAGGUGCAGAGGUGCAUUGAGGUGCAGAGGUGCAUUGAGGUGCAGAGGUGCAUUGAGGUGCAGAGGUGCAUUGAGGUGCAGAGGUGCAUUGAGGUGUAGAGGUGCAUUGAGGUAUUGAGGUGUAGAGGUGCAUUGAGGUGUAGAGGUGCAUUGAGGUGUAGAGGUGCAUUGAGGUGUAGAGGUGCAUUGAGGUGUUUGGAUUUACUUCAUCAUGCUCAAGCGUAAUGGACAGGCUCAGUCAUCUGGUCUGUCAUAAUCCCUCCAUGACUUGCCUCUGGAUGACCAGACAGUCAGUCAGUCCAAAGAAUCCCAUUGGUUCCAGGGUUGAAGGUUUCUCUGUUGGUGAAUUAGUGUGGAAGGAUAAUAAGAAAGACCUCUAGAAAUGUCCACUGUAAUUCAGUUAAAGGGGCCAGAUGCUCCUCUCCCUAAUAUGCACCUCAGUCUAGAGAUAGACCAGGUGAUUGGACACAGGCCCAUUCAGCAACGGAGUUUAUAAUGGUUGGUGGAGUAAGAGUAUCUCCUACUCUUUCCUCACACUCUCCAGGCUCAUCGCCUGCAAGCAGGCUCCUCUGUGGUAGUGGAGGGCCUUCUGAGCCUGUCCACUGGAACAUUCCCCCCUGCUGUUUUGGCCCAGCUCCACACCCUCAAGCUCCUGGUGCAGCAACAGGACACAGCAAGGAUGGCCAAGGCUCUGCAGGAGCUCCAGAACAGCUCUAUCAUGUCUCCUGGUGAGUAGUCUUAUCUGGUUUUACCUCAGCUGGAUUAACCUAAUCUUUGUCUGAGCUCGCCAUUCACGUACACAUGCAUACAGUCACCGGUCAGUAUCGUCCCUCACCUGUCAAUACCUGUCUUUACAUACCAGACCACACCUGUCCAUACUAUCCCUUACCCAUACAUGCUCUCACCUAUCCAAACACUAAGCCGUUUGAAAAUCACCAGGAGACCACACUUUGUACAGGUCUGGAAAUUGUGAAUGAGAUGGCCUCAGGUGUGUAUUUGGGUCAGUUCAAAUCUGUCUGACUAAUAGUAGGUUGUCCACCCACUCAUGAAAUUUCACUUCCUUAUGUUAUAAAGUAAAUUUUACCAAGACAAAUAUGAUUUUUCAUGUUCUGAAUCGUUCAGUGGAGUCUUUCUCUAACAUAUCCUUAACAUUAUAUUCAAAAAGUUGGAUUUCGUAACUUAAUACGUCCGAUAAUAAGCACCGAGCUCUGUUGACAUACAGUAGCGGCGACGUUUUCUCGCAGCGACUUUAUAUCUUACCUCGAUAUAGUUUUAUGUCCUCCGGAUUCGAGAAGAAAGGUGAUGAGUUCAACGGUGAGACUGUCAGUUUGCCUCAAUUCUCGCACAGCAUUCAGCCUAGCUGACGCGAUUCUAUUUAGCUGAUUUUUGAAAGAAAGAAAAUGUCUGGCCUCCUUAAUUUUGGCUAUCCAACAAGGGUAAAAACGCCAAUAAUUUUUGAACAGAUUAUGAUAAAGACAUGAGGUUUGGACCAUUGGUUUUCUUAGAGGAGCAUCUACAUUUUACCCAUUGGUCAAAAUAUGCGUUUUUGAUUGGACACCCUACUAAUAGUGAUGUGAGGGAAAAUCGAUAAAGUUACAUAUCGCAAUAUUAUUUUUGGCGAUAUUGUAUUGUUUUUUUUGGCCAAUUAGCGCUACCUACAGCUAGUCGGCUGUACCUGAGCCAACAUGUUUACAUAAUAAUAAUUAUAAUUAUAAUAAUAAUAUGCCAUUUAGCAGACACUUUUAUCCAAAGCGACUUAGUCAUGUGUGCAUACAUUUUUACGUAUGGUUGGUCCCGGGGAUCGAACCCACUACCCUGGCGUUACAAGCGCCAUGCUCUACCAAUUGAGCUACAGAGGACUAUGUAGGGAAUAGGGUGACAUUUGGGACGCAGAAACAGGUUUGGGGUCAAUUCCAUUUAAAUUCCAUUCAAUUCAGAAAGUAAAACAAAUUCUAAUUCCAAUUCCACAUGUUCUACAUUGAAAAGCAUUGAAGAGAAUUGGAAUUACAGAGUACUUCCUGAAUUUACUGGAAUUGAAAUGGAAUUGACCCCCAACAUCACUUUUAUUUCCAUGACUGAUCAAAACUCAGUGGUCAUGGUCUCUCUGCAGCGGACCAAUAUGUUUGGAACAUGAAAUAGCAAUAAAAUCGCGGCAUCGAAUCGCAAUGCAUAUAGAAUUGUGAGAAUCACAAUACAUAUUGUAUUGGCACCUAAGUAUUGUGAUAAUAUUGUAUCAGGAGGUCCCUGGCAAUUCCCAGUCCUACUGACUAAUAGGAUCAGUGGAUACCUGGCUGUCCCUGGUGCAGAGUGUACUACUCUGGUGUAUUAUAUGACUGUUCUGUCCAGGGGAUUCAGGGCAUGGUUGAGCAGGUGGCUAUAGUGACACACAUCGCUCCGUUCUCAUCGCUAAGGCAACGCUGAGGAGGAAAACAGGCUCCAGUCCAAACCAGUGAUCAGUUCCAACAAUAGACUCUGA